UCGAGCGGGGUGGAAGGAAUCGCUGCGAGCACCCGAAUCUCCGCCCUCCCCGGGGUCGGGAUGGGGCCGGGCCACCCGCCAAUCAGGGACCAGCACGGGUUUCCAUGGAGACUGGAAGGUUUUCACAAUGUCUUCCCAGGAGGGAAGAAGAGCAGCGCCAGCUGUCCCAAAAGGAACUGGUUUCUGGCAUUCUCCAGGGACAACUCAUUAUGGCCAAGAAACAAAAGAGCUGCUGAAAGUGAUGAUGAAGGAAUCCAGACUUACCAAUUUCCAGCAACGCCACCUUAUGAACUGCAUGAAACGAGGUGUUUCCCUGCCCACUCACUGUAACCCAACAUCCAGCAAAGAACCACAGCUUGCACAGCCUGCAUCCUCUCCACCAAAGCCUUGUCUUUCAGUCACUCUGUUGGCCAGACCUCAUCUCCGACCUGCCGAGAUCUGCCGGGCAGGUGAUGCCUACACCCGAGAGAAAUUCAAACCCCGGGCCACUCGCGACUUAGAGAGGGAGAAGCAAAGGCUCCAAAAUAUCCUAGCGACUGGAAAGGACGUGGUGGAACACAAGCCACAGCAGAAGCCAGUGCAGACAGAGGAAGAGGAAAUACCUGAACCUGACCGGUUUGAAGAACUGGUGACUGAAAUUCAGGAGAGGAAGGAAUUCCUGGCAGAGAUGGAGGCUCUGGGCCAGAGCAAGCAGUAUCGAGGGAUCAUCCUCACUGAAAUCUCACAGAAACUGCGGGAGAUGGAGAUCAUCGAUAAGAAGAGGAGUAAGGACGUGAGAGAGGCAAUGGCAAAAAUCCUCCCUGUAGGGAACAAAUCUGAUCCCAAUAGCUAGACCAAGACCACACACCAGAGCAGACCAUUCCCACCCCUUCUUUCCUUGCCCUUUCAACAGGGCUGGGCCUCCACCAUAGAAGGGUCACAGAACUGGUCUAUGCCUAUCCAUCUAAGGCAGAUCCUCUUGGAGGAAUGUCAGUAGCACCUGUUGCAUAAACCCAAGAGGGCAGUAACUAUUUAUGCAUAGUACAUAACAGGAGAAAGUCUUUGCAAAAUCCUACCAACACUGACUAGUCUCCCUUCAGGCAGCUGUUUCAUGGCUGGGUGAACUUGAUGGUUGGGUGAACCAAAUCAGGGAGUUAGCCUGGUUCCCUCCCUCUGGAGGGGCUAGGAGGAGAUGAAAAGACCUCAGCAUGCUCCAGUCGCCUCUGAAACAUGGUGAAGCAAGGUCUCCUUCCACCUAUGGCACACGCCUUAAGGUGUCAGAACAAAGGUGACCUGCACAACAGACACCCCGAAGGAAAAUCUCUGUCCCUUUUCCAUAUGGCCCAAACUCUGGGGGUUCUGGUUGUUUCUGGUGGAAGCUGAAAAUUAAUGUGAUUGUUUACUUCCUCAUCACUGAAUCCAUAUCAUCACUCAUGUCAGCACAGCCCUGGAAACUGUGCCAGCUGCUGCUGCAGAGCAGGUGAGGGAGGAGCAACCACACUGCCUUACGUAAAUGUUCGCCUUCAUUUUAAUGUGAUUGCAUCUUGGAGAGAUUUUGUGUGUGUGUGUGUGUGUCUAGGAACUUGUCUCUUGCUCAUGCACUAAAACAUGCAGGCUUAGAAACACGGCUACACGGGGUUGGGCCAGGGAGGAGUUCACGUUGGGGUUCACAGCGCAGGAGAGUCUGUUCCAUGAUCCUUUGUUUUCUGUUCCCUGGGAACAUCUUGACAAGGAUUGACAUGGCCAAAGGCAGGGGGCCAAGGUAUUCAUAGAUUUUAAAGCCAGAAGGGAUCAUUACUAGUCCUACCUCCUCCAUAACACAAGCUAAAGAAUUUCACCCAAUUACCCCUGUAUUGAACCAAGAGGCGGCUGGAAUCCCCAAUCUCAUCCUUUUCUUAAAUCCAGAGGCUGAACUAUUUGUCAGCAGUAAAUCCACCAAACCUCCACAAGCCAGGCAAGUACCCAACAUUGGACUCAAACCCAUAACCCUGAGAUUAAGAGGUGCAUGUGCUACCGAGGUAAUCAGGUACCUAAGGUGAGCCAAGCACAGGUAAAGAUAAGCAACAAAGGGUGGCAGUAGUUUUUUAACUCCACUGGUUUUAUUUUUCUCCAGCUGAAUGGCAAUCCCAGAGUUAGUACAGUGUAGCAGUUUACAAAUCAAAAUACUGAAGGGAGUAGGACUAGGGGUGUCAGACUGCAGCAAUUCUCAUGGCCUUUGACAGUGGCUCGGCCGCACUUCUACAAGGCCAAAUUGACUGCUUUGCUUUGAAGAAGGUAAGUUGUGCUUUGGGAUCUCCCCUGCCCAGAGAUGACCAUAGAAAGAUGGCCUCUGCUCCUGGAUCAGCCUGUUGGGGGUUGCAAGAGUGUGAUGGGGCCCUCCAUUCCUAGGGGCUGAGUACGCUGCCCCAACCAGUACUGGUGGCCCUUGGGAGCAACAUGAUAAACUCAGCUCCCUCAAUGGUUUUGUAAACAGGGAUUUAUUCUGUAUAAAAAUAUACUCCAGCAAUGGUCCAGGACACUGCUGGAAGUAAGAGAGGUUUGGAUCAAACCUGUAGUAUUUUUAUAAAGGGAAUGCAGCAGUUUGCUCUGGGCUGGUAGUUACUCUGCUAACAAGGCAAGACAACAGCUGACCAACCAACACCCACAAAACUCAGUGUCUAACUCAGACCAAUCAAACAGCUCAAUAAAUAGCUCCUCACCUUGGAGAAGGCAGAAAAAAGAAAGGAAGGAGAGAAGACUGCUCUCCCCAUCCCCCAACGCAUAUACACGACAAAUCAAACAAGGGUUUAAAAAGCCCGGUGGGGUUGAAUCCAUCUAGUAAUGAAGCUAUAAAAAAAAACCCAAAUCCCCCCUUUUGCACUUUUAAAAUUAUAAAUACAGACAAAGCUGGAGAAGGGUCAGCUGAGAUUCCCUUCCCACUCUCCAAGCUGGCAGAGGGCAGCACUAGAGAGCAAGGCAAUAGGACAACCUUGCUGGCCCGGAAUAAAGUCUUGCAUUCUUUUCC